UUCUUAUACACAUCUUCUCUAAUAUCACUUAAUAUUAUUAUCCCUAACCACUUCCUUCUUUAAUUAUAAAAAAUCAUCUUUUUUAUAUUUUAUUUCUCAUAUAUAUCCUAUUCUUAACCCUAACCAUUUUAUCUCUCUCUCAUAUUAUUUCUUUAAUCUUUCUUAAUCAUUCCUAAUUUUCUUUCUUUUUUAUUAUACUUAAUUCCUAUACUGUGCCGGGGGCACUGCGAAACCCCGGAUCUCCCAUAUUUCCUAUCUUGGAACACCGUAGAACCGCCGACUCCGACAUACUAAUGUAUGGUGGAGCCCACGGCCGGAGUACUUAAUGGAGGGUUCCCUCCCAGAUAGUUACGAAAAAGAGAGCAUUCUUUUGGUUUCUAGGUUGCUUCACUAGUAUCGUUAUCGUCGUAUAGAGCGGAGCGAGGCUCCUUCGUCGUUGUGUUUUCGUUUAUCGUUAUAUCGUUUUGCUAGAUUGUUCAGUGUGUCCAUUCCUGAGAUCCCUCGAUCACAACCCGGUUCCUGUCGCAGGGAACAACGCACGUACGCCCCCCUUUACAUAUUGGCGUCCCCGGGAAGGCCUACGCUUGUUGGCGCUUGCGAACUUCGCUUUGGGUUCUAGGGCGCGUGGGAAGCACCCUGGCUAGGGAUUCUUGGGAAAAUAAUCAACUGAGAGGCUUUUCCCGGAGAGAUUGGGACACGGGAGAGUGCGGGAGUGGUGAAAACUCUGAAUUCAGCUAAGUUAGCAGUUCCACGGUUCUGUCACGGCGUUCCGUCGGUAUUGCCUACUUUGGUAAGGAGAUGUCGUCAGAGAGCGACCGCUCGGAGCAUCGGCCUCUCCCGGUGCAUGUGGAACAAGGGAGUCCACUUCUUACACCGGGCGAUGCAAAGGGAAUACCGGCGCCGGCCGCAAUGCCCACUACUCCGAGCUUGUCUGGAAUGUGGCAGCCGGAAGGCAUGCCGAUGUUGAUGAUGCAGAUGUUGGAGAAACUGUUGGGGACACCCAGAGGUCUGCCGUUGCGAGGAACUUCUGGAGCCCCAACAUUCAAUGGUAAGGAGGUCAGUGAAUUCUUGAGGACCUUACAUUCGUUGUUUAGGAACCAUGGAAUCACGCGAGAGGAGGACAAGAUAGGUGCCCUGUGUGAUUAUGUAUCAGUAAGUGUGUGUGAGUGGGUAGAGAGUCUCCCUGAAUAUGAGAGGAAGGACUAUGAAGGAUUGGAGAAGCGGCUCCUAGAGGAGUAUCGGGACCAGGAUUCAGCACAGGCCAAGCUCAACAUAGGCUGGCUUAGCAGGUUUGUUGCUCAGAAACGGUCAACAGAUGACAACUUGACCAAGUAUGUUCGCGAAUUUAGCAACGUCUCUGGUGAACUGAUGCGCCGAGGCCAGCUGGUGGAAUUCUUGAGAACAGAGAUGUUCCUGCAGGGUCUGCCGGAGGAGGUGCAGGUUGAAGUGGUAAGGAGGGCGAAGAUUAGCCCUCAGAAGUUCGAGACUAUGAAGUUCGCAAGGGCCCGGGAGGCAGUUGAAGAAUAUCUGGAGGAAGUGGCUGGAUUAAAGUUAAUUCGGCAGGGUCGUGAAGGGAAGCAUGUGAACUUCGCAGGGGAAGUGUCAGCUGCGCAUAGCUUAGUAGUUGUGCAGCCAGAUGGGCGAGUCCCAGAUGAACAACGACAGCCAGAGGACAGAGAACCAGUGUCUACAGGGAAGCGGCAGGUGCCAAGAACAGCCCCAGGAACGAGACACCAGGAAACGCUAGAUGACCUGGCUGAACGGAUGAGGAAAAUGGAAAUCAGCCUCAUGGAGUUGAGACAGAACGACUUCCGAAGACAUGGGCUAAAUGACAUACCCAAUCGACGGGGGUAUGUGCCAAUCGUGGGUGACCAAUGCCGGUUCUGUCUGGAAACGGGUCACACCAACAUACGGGGGACAUGUCCACGGUACCAAGCAUUGGCUGCCCAGGGUCUAUGCCAUAUUGCUGAAGAUGCCAAAGUCCGUUAUGGACCGAUUGGAGGAGCCGGAGAGGUGGUAAGGGUAAUUACCAAUGGUAAGAGCAUGAAGGAGUCCAUUGAGGAAUAUGGAAAGCAGCACCAGACUGGGAACAGUGCAGUGGGUUAUGUACACAACAUGUUAAAAGAAACUGCGUACAUUGAGGAAGUGGAGGAGGAAGAUGAAGAAGGAUUUAUGGAAAGCUUUGUUGAAAUGGAGGUUAAUGCGCUGGUUAAUGCGGAAAAGAGAAAGAUAACCCCAGAGGGGCGUGCAGACCCCAAGCGACGUGCACUGGACGAUGUGGCUAGGAGGGAAGAAGAAAUUCCCAUCUUGAAGACAGUCCGUCCAGGAAGAUAUGAGGAAAUUGAGGAACCUGACGCAGAUGUGGAGAUGGAAGAUCGACCGGACUACCGAGUUAGGGAUGUGGAGGAAGGUUUAAGAAGAUCGUUUGGGGCCCCCAAAGCAAGAGUCCCCCAGAGGAAAGAUGCCCCAAAAGCUAAGCUUAACAAAUUGGCGGAUGAACCGAAGAAUUCAACGGACAUUAAGGACAUACGGAAUCGGACUCUGAAUACCACGGUGACAUUAUCACUCCAGGAGCUGCUAGGGAUGUCUGAUGGGCUGCAUCGGAGCCUUUUCUCAGGAACCUGA